GCAUGACGGAGUGGACUUACGCGAUUGUCUGCCUCUUGGCGCUCUCAACUCCCGUCACACGUGCAGCCUGCGACGUGUGCUCUUCAAAUUGUCCAUACACGGCAUCUCUAGACAAUAAUGUGACAGGAUCUCAUGGUUACGAGGUGCGCAGUGUCUCGUGCGCAGACUCGGCUGCUUUUCCUCAGCUAUUGUCCGUAAGGGUUUCACCGAGGAACGGAGGCAAUGACAAUUUUACGGUGACGGUGAUGGAUCCAGAGGGAUACGACGACUUCGUUAGACAUAAGGGCUUGUUCUAUUCGUAUUUUCCUCUGUUGUCUACCGGUGGAGUGGGUAACGGCAGCAAUGUAUCGACGUGCUUUAGCAAGAGUGCCAAGGCUGUGGUUGGUGCUGGGACUAAAGCCUAUGUCGUCAUCGGGUGUGUCAAUCAGGGGUCAGAGUGCAACCUGACGUAUGGCAUUGAUCAUACUUGUCUGGUUUCUGAUGCUUGCAGUUCAGGAUAUUGUGGUUCUCGUGGCGUAUGCGGCAAUAAAAAGUGCGUUUGUAAUGCGGGAUAUACUGGGGAUCGGUGUGAGAGUGUGGACAGAUGCUAUGGCAUUGAUUGUGGUUCCCAUGGCAAUUGUACUGAUGGAAUGUGUGAUUGUGAUGGAGGCUACAGCGGAAACAGAUGUGAAACGUUUGAUGUAUGCUAUGGAGUCUCGUGUGGUUCUCAUGGAACUUGUAGGUCAGGAGCGUGCGUCUGUAAUGCUGGUUAUCAUGGUGAUUCAUGCCAGAGCUCUGGUGGGAAUGUCGUCUUAUCACAUCUGAGUUGUUUUAUGUUAAUUGGUUUGAUUAUUCUAUUGAGUUUGCUGGUUUGAAAUUAUUGGACGUUACCUAAGAUGUUAGUUGUUAUGUGCAAUUGUUGGUCAGUUUAGUUACAUUUGGCACACGUGACAUGAGAUUUCUUGCAAGUUUUUCUUAGAGCUGAAAUGGUUUCUAGUACAAGCAGUUGGCUGUGAUAAAUAGAAUGAUUUGAUUGA